AUUGGCGGAAUCGUGUAAACGCAUAUAGGCCAUGAAUUAAAAAGAAGAAGUUUAAACAUUAUUUUCUAAAAUAAUUUGUUAAAAUUUUGUAUUCAGAACAAUGUAUAGAAUAUCAGGUACAAAUUUAUUUGAACAGUGGUUAGAGGAAGAUCACAUAAUUUCAGAUUUUCGCAUUAUAUCAAGAACUCUUGAAAAUGUUAACUUUGAUGUGCAGUGUGCUAAAUUACUACAAGUAAAUUGGUCAUAUAAUAUUUUUCAAAUCAAGUAUGAUUUUUUCUUAACUGGGCAUUGGAGUGGUAAAGGAAGCAAAGUACUUAAAGUAGAAUUGCCACCAGAAUAUAACACUUGUGUAUCUGAAUCAAAUGUGACUAUGGUUGGCAAUGACUACAACAUAAUAUUUGUUGACAAAAAGAACAAUAUAUUGUGGGUAAUGGAUUUGCAAAACAAAAAUGCCCUUAAAAAAAUUAAUUUAAAUACAGAAUUACCUUUAGAAAAUAGUUCUAAAAGAUUGAGGCGUGACAGCCAAAUUUUAAAAGUUGUCUUGACAAAUAACUCAUGCCUUUGUCUGACUACCGAUGGAAAGGUAUACAAUGGUCUUUUACCUAGUCUUUUGGACACAAGUCACUGCAUUGGCAAAGUUUGUGAUGUCAGAAGUGGCUAUGAGCACUUUAUAUUGCUUACCGAUGCAGGCCGAGUGUAUACAUGGGGUAAUGGAAGGAGAUUACAAUUGGGGCAUGGUACUUUAGACAAUUUAGAUACUCCAACAGAAAUUGAAGCUCUAGCUGGAAUUAAAAUUACGAAAAUUAGGGCUGGAGGAUGGCAUUGCUUAGCUCUCAGUGAGUUUGGGGACUUGUAUACUUGGGGAUGGAAUGACACUGGCCAGCUAGGUGUAACACAUCCAGACACCAAAGGAGUUUUAAACCGAGAAGGUCUGAAAAGUUAUCCCCUUCCAACAUUGGUUGAUAUCUUAGAUGGAAAUGAAAAACAAAUUGAUCUAGAUGUAAAAGAUAUUGGAUGUGGUUCAAGACAUACAGCCAUAAUGCUUGAAGAUAAUUCAAUAUGGACUACAGGCUAUAAUAAAUAUGGCCAGUUGGGAUUUUCACCAGAGAACUAUCCUACAGUAAGCUAUUUUAAAAAGACAUUUCAGUGUGACAGUAGUUCAGUUAUCGAAUGUGGAAAUUGGUCAACUGUUCUAAUUAAUAUGAAUAGUGCAAUAUAAUAUUUUUAUUAUACAUAAUGUGUAUAAAAUACCUUUAUAAUAUUAUAUCAUUGUAAUCUA